AGAAGCCUCAGCCCCCGACGAUCGAAGGAGCACGAUGAGGACGCCACCGCCGGCUAUCUCCCCCUUCCUCGCCGUCUCGGCGUUGCUCCUCCUCCUCUUCGCCACCUCGGUGGCGGCGAACGGCUACGGCGGUGGCGACGGCGCUUCGUCGGGGCCGAAGGGCAACGGCGAGCAGGAAGGUGUUUACCACAUCCCGGCGUACGAGAAGCCCGUGAAAGGCCUGGACGCCGGGUUCUACCGCAAGUCGUGCCCGGAAAUGGAGGGCAUCGUCCAGAAGGCCGUGAGGAAGGCCAUCCGCGACGACUACACACUCGCCGCCAGCCUCAUCCGCCUCUUCUUCCACGACUUCGCCGUCCAGGGCGUCGACGCGUCCGUCCUGAUCGACGAGCCGAAGAAGAGCGAGAAGUACGCGGAGGCGAGCCGGACGCUGCGCGGCUUCGACCUGAUCGAGAAGAUCAAGAAGGAGAUGGAAUCCAAGUGCCACGCCACCGUCUCCUGCGCCGACAUCCUCACCGCCGCCGCCCGCGACGCCGCCACAGCGGUCGGGGUCCCCUACUGGCCGCUCCGGUACGGGCGCAGGGACGGCAAGAACUCGAUCGCCGCCGAGGCCGACCUCCACGUGCCCAUGGGCGGCAAGAGCGUCACCGACCUCGUCAGGUUCUUCGAGUCCAAAGGCCUCACCAUCUUCGACCUCGUCGUCCUCUCCGGCGCCCACACGAUCGGGCGUGCCACGUGCGGCGCGGUGAAGCCCGGCCUGUGCAAGCGCAAGGACAAGCCGGCGCUCCUGGACCGCCGGUACGGCGACUUCCUGCGGCGCAAGUGCGGCGCCGGCGGCGACGGCGAGUACGUGGAGCUCGACGGCGAGACGCCGACGGCGUUCGACAACCAGUACUACAAGAACCUGAUGCACGGGAGGGGUGUACUGGACACGGACCAGAAGCUGCUCCUGGACUCCCGGACGGGGGACCACGUCAGGGCGUUCGCCAACCAGCCGUCGCAGCUCUUCGUCCACCAGUUCGCGCGGUCCAUGCGCAAGAUCGGCGAGGCGCUGGUGCGCACCGGCAACGAGGGCGAGGUCCGCCGCAAGUGCUCCGCCUUCAACUACUGAUCGGCCGAUGGGGGGUGUGCUGGAUGAGGAGAUUAACGGAUCGGAUGUGUUAAACUUCUUGAUUAUCCGGUUGCCAUUUUGGUUUCUUUCUUAUUCUUUUUUUCUCAGUUCCACUUUCUUAUGGUUUAUCCUUUUGAUCUGCUGCUGUUUCUGUAUAUUGAUUGGCCAUGGCUGUUUCGAGUCAUAGACGAAUAUGACCUGUAAUUGGAAGUUUCCAAUCACACCCUUGUCAGUUGUGAUGCA